AGAGCCUCUUUCUGUGUGGCAUCUAGCCUCUGUCCAGGAGAUGGCAUCUCUAAGUCCCCCGCUGGAGCCAAAGGAGGAAUGGGAUUAUCUGGACCCAGCUCAGAGAAGUCUGUAUAAAGAUGUCAUGAUAGAGAAUUAUGGAAACCUGGUCUCGCUGGGUGCUUUAAACAGAGAUAAGGAUGAUGAAGCAACUGUGAAGCAGGAGAUUGAAGAAACUGAGGAAGAAGUGGAACCACAGGGUGUAAUACUUACAAGAAUCAAAAGUAAAAUUGCCCAGGAACCAAUAGGUAGAGAAAGCUUUGAACUUGUUGGUAGGUUAGAUAAACAAAGAGGAAUCUUCUUAUGGGAAAUACCACGGUAAUCUUUGGCCCAGGAGGAGAAACUGUUUGGAGGAAACACUAACAUUAUCCGCAAGAGACCAAACUCGAAGUGCCAUAAAUGUGAAGAACGUGGAAAGGGUUUUGUCCGUAAGGCCCAUUUCAUCCAACAUCAGAGGGUUCAUACUGGUGAAAAGCCCUUUCAGUGCAAUGAGUGGGGGAAAAGUUUUAGUCGCAGUUCAUUUGUUAUUGAACAUCAGAGAAUCCACACUGGAGAAAGGCCCUAUGAGUGUAAUUACUGUGGAAAAACUUUUAGUGUGAGCUCAUCCCUCAUUAAACAUCAAAGAAUCCACACUGGUGAAAGGCCUUAUCAGUGUAGUCAAUGCAAACAGAGCUUCAGCCACAGAAGGAGUAUUGUUAAACACCAGAGGAUUCACACAGGUGAAAAGCCCCCUAAAUGUAAUGACUGUGGGAAAGCCUUUAGUUGCAAGUCACUCCUUGUUGAGCAUCAGAGAACUCACACAGGGGAGAAACCCUAUCACUCUACAAAAUGUAAGAAAAGUUUUAGCCGAAACUCAUUGCUUGUUGAGCAUCAAAGAAUUCACACUGGGGAAAGACCUCAUAAAUGUGGUGAAUGUGGGAAAGCCUUUAUACCAAGUACAUACCUUAUACAACACCAAAAAAUCCACAGUGGUGAGAAGCCUUUUCUUUGUAUUGAAUGUUGGAAAAGUUUCAGUCAGAGCUCAUUUCUUAUUGAACAUCAGAGGAUCCACACUGGUGAGCGACCUUAUCAAUGCAAAGAGUGUGGGAAAAGUUUUAGUCAAUUUUGUAACCUUACACAUCACCAGAGGAUCCACACAGGGGACAAACCUCAUAAGUGUGAGGAAUGUGGAAAAGCCUUCAGUAGAAGCUCAGGUCUUAUUCAGCAUCAGAGAAUACACACCAGAAAAAAGACUUUUCCAUACAGUGAAGCUAAGGAAAGUGUUCAUCCAAGUGGUAGUCUUGUGCAACAGAAGGUCUAUACUAAGGAAAAAUCAUAUAAAUGUGAUGAGUGUGGGAAAACUUUCAGUGUUAGUGCUCAUCUUGUACAACACCAAAGGAUUCACACUGGUGAAAAAUCCUACCUUUGUACUGUUUGUGGGAAAAGCUUCAGUCGGAGCUCAUUUCUUAUUGAACAUCAGAGAAUCAACACUGGUGAGAGACCCUAUCUGUGUAGACAGUGUGGCAAAAGCUUUAGCCAACUUUGUAAUCUUAUUCGACAUCAGGGUGUACACACAGGUAAUAAACCCCAUAAAUGUGAGGAGUGUGGGAAAGCCUUUAGCCGGAAUUCAGGUCUCACUCAACAUCAGAGAAUCCAUACCGGAGAGAAACCUUAAAAGUGUGAGACAUGUGACAAAAGCUUCAGCCAACAGCGCAGCCUUAUCAACCAUCAGAAGAUCCAUGCACAGGUGAAUAUCCAAGAAGCCCAUGAAUGUGAUGCUUGUGGUGAAGCCUUCAGUUGUCAAAUCUCUCUAAUUCAGCACCAGAUGCAUACUACAUGGAUGCAGUCAGUGUCGAACAGUCGACGUUCGGUCUUGAGACAAGCUACAAAAGUGUAG